AUGCCGUCGAGCGAGCAGAUCGACGCCUUCUUCCAGAAGCUCGAACAGGCAGCGCCCUUCCCAGAGGCCGAGCUCGCCGCCCUUGCGCCACCAGCCGUCGUCGAGGAGUGGAAGAGCAUCGGGGCAACGCAGAGCGCCCCCUGGAUAUGGGCCACGCCGCGCGAGCUCUGCCUCGUGAGCUUUCUGACGCCCAACGCUCGCUUCACUCCGUUGGCGAGCUUCUUUGUGUUCUCGCUGAGCUGGAUGUUCUUCCUGCAUCCCGGCGCCAGCGAGGCCCGCGCGGCCACGCGGACGCAGCUGCGUUUGCAAGCGUUGCCGAAUCCAGCGGCCAUGGCAGCGCUGAAGGAACGCUUGCAGAAGCUGCGUGACGUCUCCGGCUCGUUGGAGGGCAUCGGCUUGCAAAUGUCUUCCGACGCGUGCCGCGCGGCUGCUGGUAGCUCCCUCGUGCUCUGGGAGCGCGUGGCGCGGCAGCGCGACGUUGUGAACUCGACGCGCUCCUUCGAUGUGACCUACCCGUUCCUGGGAGUGCUCGGAGCGAUUCAUGUAGAGGACGUUUGGCACUUGUUCCCCCAGCCUGACCCGCUCGGCGCGCGCGGGCGCAUCGGCCACAUAUACGCCCGCCCCAGCAUGAAAAGGGCACGUGAGAUCCGCGAUGCAAGCGCUGAGCUCCAGAACGAGAAAGGCACCGACAAAUUGGAGAAGCGCAUCGUGAACAAGUUCUUCGCCGUCUACAAGGCCCACGCCAUCGAGCACGUCGGUGAGGGCUCUUUCACGUAUCAUUUGGGCUACCCAUUCCGGAACUACGACCUCCCCAGCGCGGACGGCGGUCAGGCUGAGACCGGGUUCUUCGACAUGUUCGACGCGCACGCGCAGCAGCAAGUGGACGCGCACCUGGUGAAGCACGAGGAGGCGAAGAAGCACGGGAAGCUGAAGGGCAAGCACCUGCGCCACGCCCUCAACUGGGCCAACGUGACGAAUGCUCUGGGGGACACGGCGUUCGACGCGUGGAACACAGCCAUCGACCUCAACGCGAUCAAGGCAGCCCAAUUGAUCGGGGAUUUCUCCGAGAAGUUCGCCGAGGAGAUGUCCAACAUCCCCAUGGACCAGCGCGCCUUCACCAAGGCCUUUGUCAUCGCCAUGCUGAAGAUGCAGACUAUCUGGCUAGAGUCGACGAACCUGAAGGCGCACAGCGAGAUCCGUGACAACUUGCCCGCCGCCAGCAAUGACGAGAAGUUAACCGCCGCCUGGCGGUGCAUGGCUCUCGUGAAAGCGCUGCAGCUCGGGCGCGCCGCCACGUCCACAAACCCGCACGGCGCCAAGAAGAUGCACGUCGUGAAGCGCUCCGCCCUCGCCUCCGACGCGCACCGCCAGGAAUUCGAGGCCGCGCUGAACGCUUUGGGCAUGGAGCCCGGCCAGCACGCCGCGCCGACGGCGGAGGUCGCGGACGCAAGCCGCCCGCAGACGGCCCCCGCUCUGGCGCGCAGCGCCUGGACCUCGGAGGCAGCGCAGGAGGCGGUGACCACUCUCCAGCAGUGGUAG